ACACAAAAGGCUUCCAUAUUCAAUUUCUCUUCACUUCCAUUCUCUCUGCAAUUCACUUCUCCAUCCAUCGAUCGCAAUCUGCAACUUCCAGUGAUCGUUGGUGAAAAUCAAGAUCUAGAUCUAGAUCAAUGGCUACACCGGACCACCUCUUCAACCUCCGCAACAACUUCUACCUCGGCGCAUUCCAAGCCGCCAUCAACAGCAGCGACGUCAAUGGCCUCUCCGACGACGACGCCGUCGAGCGCGACUCCCUCGUCCACCGCUGCUACAUCGCCCUCGGCCAGUUGCAGUUCGUCAUCUCCGAGAUCCACGAUUCCUCCCCUACACCUCUCCAAGCUGUGAAGUUGCUCGCUCUCUACUUCUCCGCUCCCGACAACAAGGAAUCCGUCAUUGCCAGCCUCAAGGAAUGGCUCUCCGAUCCAGCGAUCGGCAACAACUCUACACUCAGGCUCGUUGCUGGUCUCAUCUUCCUGCACGAGCAGGAUUUCAAUGAGGCGCUCAAACACACCAAUGCCGGUGGAACCUUGGAGCUGCACGCUUUGAAUGUGCAGAUCUUCAUCAAGAUGCAUAGGUCGGAUUAUGCUGAGAGGCAGCUCAGGAUCAUGCAGCAGAUUGAUGAGGAUCACACUCUCACCCAACUUGCCAAUGCAUGGCUAGAUUUGGCUGGUGGGUCGAAGAUCCAGGAGGCAUAUCUGAUCUUCCAAGAUUUGUCUGAGAGGUAUCAGUCCACCAGUUUGCUCUUGAAUGGGAAGGCUGUAUGCUGCAUGCACAUGGGCAACUUUGACGAAGCCGAGACUCUUUUGGUUGAAGCACUCAACAAGGAUGCCAGGGAUCCAGAAACUCUAGCCAAUCUAGUUGUGUGCUGUCUUCAUCUUGGCAAACCAUCUUCUAAAUCAUUCAGCCAACUGAAGCUUUCACACCCAGACCAUGUACUUGUCAAACGGGUAUCAACAGCAGAAGAAAGCUUUGAUCGAGCCCUACAAUCAUUCUCUUAAUGAGUUAAUGAUUCUAUUUCUUCAAAGAGUUAAUGGUGUGAGGUCUUCCCAUACAAUUUUUUACACCUCAUUGUAGCUAUUGUAUUGGUUACUUAUCUGAGAACAUAACCAGUUGGGUAAAUGUGUCAUAGGAUUCAAAUUUUAUGACGAUGUUUGUCUUACUUGAAUCUUGAUGUUGCAAAAACUACAGCUAAUAUUAUUAUUAUGCAAGUUCAUUUACUUGAUA